AUGGGUCCUCUGACGCUAGCAGUGGACUCGAAGGGCUCAGGAACUUCACCAGAUGAAUAUAGCCAGAAAACGCAGUAUGCACCUAUAGGAACACGAAAGUCUUUUGCAUCAGUGAGCAUGCAGGAAGAGAAACCCUUUGAUUUCUUACGCACUUUAUUUGAGGGUGUCAUUGCAGGAGGUACAGCCGGUGUUGUUGUUGAAACAGCUCUAUACCCCAUUGAUACCAUAAAGACAAGACUGCAGGCUGCUCGUGGUGGAGGGAAAAUAGUUAAGGGGCUUUAUUCUGGAUUGACUGGAAAUCUUGCUGGUGUCUUACCGGCUUCUGCAAUUUUUGUUGGAGUGUAUGAACCUGCGAAGAAAAAACUGCUGAAGAUUUUCCCUGAAAAUCUAAGUGCUCUAGCCCAUUUUACAGCAGGGGCUUUUGGAGGUAUUGCUGCAUCACUCGUUCGUGUUCCGACAGAGGUUGUUAAGCAAAGGAUGCAAACUGGGCAAUUUACAUCAGCCUCUGUUGCUGUCCGCCAUAUUGCUUUUAAAGAGGGCUUUAAAGGAUUCUAUGCGGGAUAUGGAUCGUUUUUAUUGAGAGAUUUGCCAUUUGAUGCAAUUCAAUUUUGCCUAUACGAGCAGCUUCGGCUAGGUUACAAAAAAGCAGCAAAAAGAGAGCUCAACGAUCCCGAAAAUGCUAUCAUUGGGGCUUUUGCUGGCGCAGUAACUGGAGCAAUAACCACUCCCCUUGAUGUGAUUAAAACCAGGCUAAUGGUUCAGGGAUCUGCAAACCAGUACAAAGGAAUCAUUGAUUGUGUUCAAACUGUUGUGAGGGAAGAAGGACGUUCUGCUCUUUUGAAGGGCAUCGGGCCGAGAGUGCUGUGGAUAGGCAUAGGCGGAUCAAUCUUUUUUGGAGUCCUUGAGAGGACAAAGCUGCUGCUUGCUCAGAGGAAACCUGCACUUCCUCAAGACUCAAAGCAGGAUUAACAUUUAGAUUAUUUUAUUUAUCUGGACUUAUCGUAGUUGUUUUUGUUUAUUUAAAAUGUAAAAUGCCAAAAUUAAGCUAUUGUGAAAUGAGAUUAACGUCAAAAUUUCAAUGUUUAAGUGAGAAACAUGGUUCGUAUUUUUACUAAAUAAUGAUUAGAUGAUUGAAUGA